ACAGGCUCGGGAUGUACCGAUUCGAGACGGACGUCAAGCGAACCAACACCGGAUUCCUGGCGAUAGCAACAGAGGUGGAAACCGACGGAGAGAAGACCUCGGAACCUCCAGGAAAAAUCAAGGAAAUACUGAAGGAGUUCCAAGACAUUCUCCCCGACGACCUCCCGGACGAGCUACCGCCAUACCGAAUGCACCAACAUGAGAUCGUGGAGGAACCAGGUUUGAAGCCGACCUUCCGAGCACCAUAUCGGCUCAGCCCGAGAGAGCUAGCCGACAUGAAGAAGCAAAUCGAGUAUCUCCUCGCCAAAGGACUCAUCCGACCAUCCACUUCACCAUACGGUGCCCCAGUACUCUUCACACCGAAACCGGACGGAAGCCUGCGGAUGUGCAUCGACUACCGAGCUCUCAACAAGCAGACCAUCAAGAACAAGUACCCGAUUCCACGAAUCGAUGAUCUGCUCGACCAGCUUCGGGGAGCCACGGUAUUUUCAAAAUUAGAUCUGCGGUCCGGAUACUGGCAGAUAAGAAUGGCGGACGAUUCAGUUCACAAAACGGCCUUCCAAACUCGAUACAGAUCGUACGAGUAUCUAGUGAUGCCAUUCGGACUCACCAACACAUCGGCAACGUUCCAAGCAGAGAUGAAUCACAUCCUACGCCCACUCUUGGACGAAUGCGUGGUGGUGUACCUGGACGACAUUCUCGUCUACUCGCGCGACAUGCAACAACAUGUCAAACACUUACGACGCGUCUUCGAAAUUCUUCGACGAGAACGGUUCUACGUCAAACUAUCCAAGAGCGACUUCGCCCUUGAGAAAGUCCAAUUCCUCGGACAUAUCGUAAGCGCUCAAGGAGUUCACGUCGACCCCAAGAAAAUCAAAGUCGUGCGUACGUGGAAGACACCCGAGAAUGUGAAGGAGUUACAGCAGUUCCUUGGCUUCGCUAACUACUACAACAGGUUCGUACUGCAAUACGCGAAGAUAACCGCGCCACUCACGAAUCUGCUGAAGAAGAACACGCCUUAUAAAUGGGGGCCACAACACCAGGAAGCCGUGGAGCAGCUGAAGCAAGCACUCACGUCCGCACCAGUACUCAUCUUGCCAGACCCAGCUGAACGCGACUACGUCAUCGAAGCUGACGCCAGCGACCAGGCAGUGGGAGCAGUCUUGAUGCAAGACCAGGGGAAUGGACUGCAACCAAUAGCCUACCUCAGCAAGAAACUACACGAGGCAGAACUCAACUACCCGAUACACGACAAGGAGGCCCUGGCUAUCAUCAUCGCUUUCAAAACGUGGAGAUGCUAUCUCGAAGGACGCAAGACAACAGUCUACACCGACCAUUGCAGCCUAAAAUAUUUGAAGACGCAACCAAGCCUCUCCAGGCGACAGGUUCAGUGGAUCGACUUCCUCAAGACGCACUUCCACUACGACAUCGUGUACAAGCCUAGCCAUCAAAACAAAGCAGAUGCGCUUAGCCGGCCUGCACACGUUGCCGCUAUCCAAGUUGAAGGGAUGAAUCCACUCCUCAAGGGACUCUUCACACACGGGUACACCAUCGAUCCCGAAAUUCCCUUGGCAGAAAAGUGACAUCUGCUACAGUGGGACAA